AUGGGAGGGAGGAAUGGGGACUGGGCAAUCUCCACGCCAUGGGCCAUGAAGACCUUGUCCCUGGUCCUGCUGGUGGCCCUGCUGAGCGUGGAGAGAGCUGAGGGUCUGCACUGCUACGGAUGCUUGGCGGUCUCAGAAGAGGCCUCCUGCAGCAUGGUCUCAUGCCCCUUCCCAGAUGGGGUCUGUGUCUCCCAGAAAGUGAGCAUCUUUGGCAGUAAAGUGAGAGGGGAGAACAAGCUCUGCCUCUCUUCCUGCCAGAAGGACUUCGGAUUCCCCCUGCUGAAACUUACAAGUGCCAUCGUGGACUCGCAGAUCUGCUGCAAGGGAGACCUCUGCAAUGCGGCGGUCCUGGCAGCCGGCAGCCCCUGGGCCCUGUGCGUGCAGCUCCUGCUCAGCCUGGGGUCAGUCUUCCUCUGGGCCCUGCUGUGA